AUGGGAGUGGGCCUGGACACUGGUCUAGGGCUGACUGAGGUGGGAAUGAUGCAGAGGUGGAUGAGUGGACAGGAAGGUGGGCGACUUCCCUGGGUGGUUGCUGCCACCAACACAGGGGUCUCUAGCAGGACUGUCUGUGCUUCGGGCCCUGGGGCUCUGGCUGUGUUGUCCGCCCUGACUUCCCCUGUGCUUGUAACCAUGGCCUCCACGGUGCACUGGCCUCGGGGCCUUUCCACUGGAUGUCCCAACUCUGUUUCUGAGGGGCUGGGGAUGAAGAUUAAGCAGGAGAAGCAAGAGUGGCUGCUGCAGACACUGGCACCCCGGGGGCUACAAGAAGAGACUGAGGGUCCAAGGUGGGACCCUGUCCCUGAGAAGGAUGGGGGUCUGGCAGGCCAGGCUCCCUCAGCAGCCCCCGUUUCACCGAGUGCCCCACACACCACUCCUGAGGGCCACUUUGUGUGCCCGGAUUGUGGGAAGAGAUUCAGCUGGUGGUCAUCUCUGAAGAUCCACCAGCGGACCCACACCGGGGAGAAACCGUACCUCUGUGGCAAGUGCGGCAAGAGCUUCAGCCAGAAACCGAACCUGACUCGGCACCAGCGGCACCACAUGGGCGAGCGGCCCUACCCCUGUCCCGAUUGCGUGUGUCGCUUCAGCCAGAAACAGCACCUGCUCAAGCAUCAGAAGACGCACUGGAGCCCUGCCUCCCACGCCUGUCCGAAGAACGCCCUCUGCUUCCCACACAAGGUGGGCCUCCGCACUCACCAGCGCGCCUACGCCCGAGACUGCCAGUUGGCGGGGCAGAAGCACCUCAGAGCCACGGUGACCCACCAGUCUUACUCACCCCUGCCAGUGCCGCAAGGAUCCCCCAAGUGGGCCUGGCUGAGGCCCUGUCCCCGGUGGUGGGGCAGGCCGGCUUCUCAUGGCUCAGUGGCUAUGACCUCUGUACCUGGCCAGCCUCGUAAAUUCAUCUGCAGUGAGUGCGGCAAGAGCUUCUCCUGGUGGUGCUCGCUGAACAUCCACCAGCGCAUCCAUACCUGCGAGCGACCUUAUCCAUGCCCCGAGUGUGGCCGGCGCUUCAGCCAAAAGCCAAACCUGACGCGGCACCGGCGCAACCACACGGGAGAGCGGCCUUACUUGUGCACUGCCUGUGGGCGCAGCUUCCGACAAAAACAACACUUGCUCAAACAUCGGCCUGCUGAGCCACCUGAAGGAUCCAUGACUGAGCCCAUGUCUCCCGGGGGUAUGUCCCCCGCGGGGGCCGUGGAGGAGGCCCUGGGAGAUGAGCGUGGCCUAGUUAUCCAGCAGCCCGCGGAGGAACCGCCCCACCGCUGCCCGCUGUGCAGUCGGACCUUCCCGCAACACCCCAGCCUGGUGCGGCACCAGAAGGCGCACGCGGGCCCAGGCCGUGCAGCCUUCGUGUGUCCUGAGUGCGGCAAAGCCUUCGGCGUUAAGCACAACCUGGAGGUGCACCAGCGCACUCACACGGGCGAGCGGCCCUUCGUCUGCCCAGACUGUGGCCGCCGCUUCAGUCUCAAGCAGAACCUGCUCGCGCACCGGCGCAUUCACAGCGGCGAGAAACCUCACGAGUGCGCGCAGUGCGGUCGCCGCUUCCGCGAGCCGCGCUUCCUGCUCAGUCACGCGCGCACUCACGCGCGCGCGCCGCCGCCGCAUCCGCGCCGCCCGGGAGUGUUUGGGGACCGGCGGCCCUUCUGCUGCGCGCGCUGCGGCAAGAGUUUUGUCCGAGAGGGCGCCCUCAAGACGCACCAGCGCACCCAUGGCGCCGAUGGCCCCGCGGGGCACCGGGGCCGAGCGCUCUGA